AUGCAUAGACAAUCCCUGGGUUCACCAUCUCCCAAACUCCCCAAGCUAGAGACGCUCCUCUCCGACGAAGAAGAUGCUCCUAAACCUCACCGUCUCUCCUCGCCGCCUCCACCGCCGCACAAGUUCGUUCACCUCAUUCCUCUCCUCACUCUUCUCUGCUUCUUCAUCCUCUACCUCUUCUCUCACGCUCCCUCUCCAUCAGACUUGAAUCAUUUCUCCGGAUUCAACCGCUCGCCCUCGCAUCGUCUAGAUUUGGCAGACAAGAUCGGCGGCGACAUUGGACACUACAUGGAUGUAAAAAGAAGCGAUGUUUUGGCGAUCCGAACUUUGCAACAGAUUCCCAAAUCUCGCCCUCACCGGAAACUGGCCGAUUUUUAA